CAUAAAAACUUCAUUUUGAAAAUGAAAGAGGAAAUUUCAUUAUUAUUCAAUUCCACAUUCUCUUCUAACUUUUCUGUAUUUACAUAUAUAUUAAAAAAGCUUGAUUCCCCAACUCUCUCCUUCAAUUCCUCUUUAACAUCUUCCCUUUUCAAUCUCAUCAAUUCCUCCAUCUUCACAAGUUUGGUUUCCUUUAUAUAAUUUCCCUUCCUAAUCUAAUUUUAUUCCCUUUUUUUUUUUUUUUUUUUCUUUUGGGGGAUAGAUAUGUUUUAUUUUCUGGGUGUACCUGUGUUUAGACAAUAGUGUCAGAGAUGAGAAGCUAAAAUCCUAUCUUUUUGUCCUUUUGAGUCUUGAACAAAGGAGGACCCUCUGUGUCAGAAAACCAAAUCUUUUUUUUUUUCAUCUACAAAUCUUCUUUGUCCUCCUAAGAUCAUAAUUGAAAAGCUUAAUUCUGACCCUUCAAACAGUUAGUUUGUUGCCACAAUUCUUAACUGCCAAAAAUAAAAACCCUAAUUUUUUCUUUUUCCUAUACUUGGUUUGGUUUCCAUGAAUCCUCCUCGGAACCCGCCUUCAAACCCUAAUUCACUCAAACGAAGGUUCACCAAAGUGUUCCUUAAAGCUUUGAAGAAAAUAUACAGGCAUAAAUCCAAAACGUCAUCAUCUUCUCCGAGAGAGAUCUGGAGACGAUAUCGAAGAGUAAAGCUUGCUGCUGAUGCAUCCAUGGCUUUCUCAGUUGGGACGAGGAGACUUUGGAGUCAGGCGGUGCUGUGGAGGAUUCGAAGCCAGGCCAGGAACCGCGCUUUUGUUAAAAGAAUUAGCACUAGUCUUCGUGUCAAGAAAAGAUCUCUGAAAGGGAAGAAAUUGGAAGAAGAUCAUGAUCUAAUUGAUGGUUAUGAUAACCAAGAAAUUAAGCUCAGGAAGCUGGUUCCGGGUGGUGCAGCCAUGGAUAUUUGCAGCUUGUUGGAUGAGACUGCUCAUUAUGUAAAGUGCCUUACCACUCAGGUAAACAUGAUGAGGAGAAUUGCGGAAAUUUACUCUACUUGAGUCAUAUUUGCUUUAGAAGUAUUCUUUUGGACAUAAAAUCCAAAAAAAAAAAAGAAAAAAGAAAAGAAAAAAGAGUGAAAAAAAAAAAAAAGAGUGAAAAAAAAAAGUGCUUGUUGUUCUGAGUGUUAUAGCCACGAAUAAAAGAGGGGGAAAAAAAGGAUGUUUUAAAUUGCAGAUUUUAAUCGUAGAGAGAGGGGGAAAAAAAAAGAAAAGAAAAAAAAAGCCACAGAAAAAUUUAUGUUGUAAAAUGUUUUGUGUUUUGAGCAUGUUUGCUAUAUAUUUGUGUAGUAACUGAUAGAUUCUUAUUGUAUUAUUCCUGUCUCUGUGUGUUUUUGGAAAAA